AGGAAAUCGGAUUCCACCAUAAUCCAACACUGUAGUCAUCAAUCAUCUGUUGUUACCCAAUGGGACACCAAACAUCAAGUAACAGUACCAGGGGUCUAUGGGCCAGGUCUAGAUCCCGAGGUCAAAGACCCAGGGUCUAUGCUCAAAGGGCUACCUACCAGGGUCUACAACACCGGAUGUAUGACCAAGGGGUUACACCUGAGGUGCUUCCACCCAGGGCCUACGGUCAAGGGGCUACCUACCAUGGUCUACAUCCCAGGGUUUAUGACCAAGAGUUUGUAUCUAAGGUGCUUCCACCCAGGGUCUAUGGUCAAAGGACUACCUACCAGGGUCUACAGCCCAGGGUGUGCCAGGGUCUACGUCCCAAGGUCUAUGACCCAGAGUUUACACCUUAGGGGCUUCCAGCCAGGGUCUAUGGUCAAGAAGCUACCAACCAGGGUCUACAGCCCAGGGUGCGCCAGGGUCUACCAUCCCAGGGUUUAUGAUCAAGGGUUUACACCUAAGGGGCUUCCACCCAGGGUCUACAGCCCAGGGUGCGUCAUAGUCUGCAGCCAAGGGUGUGCCAGGGUCUACACCCCAGGGUCUAUGAUCAAGGGUUUACACCUAAGGGGUUUCCAUCAAGGGUCCAUGGCCUAGAAUCCAUCAAAACCAGCCAAGCAAAUGUUGGAUUCAGGAGGAUUUUGAAAUAGCUUUAUUGAUGAUUAUUUUUCCCUCUGGCUGACUGGAGCAGAGUCUACCCAAGACAUUUGUAUCACACGAGGCACACUGACUUGAACAUCUCAGAUCUUAUGGUUGAGACAAUCAUUUGCAUGGAUUGAAAUUUGGGAUGGGAAUCAUUAAAUUUGAAAAAACUUGAGUGCCUGAACAGAAGGUAAUCUGAGCAAAGCGGACGGUACCUCACCCUUCCCUUGAUGUGUCCACUAAUCCCUACUGCAAAGGCUUCUACAAAAUACAAAUAUUCCAUUAGCUCAGCCCUCAAUCAAGAUCAAGUACUGGACUGGCAAGAAAAGGCAAGGACUUCCAAAUUUCCAAGUGAGGUCAGACGUUGGAUUUUGUUCAAGGGGUUCUAAUUCCCUUCCAAAGAUGCUACCCCAGGCCCCCCCC